AGCUUAAGUAAAGAUGUGGAAGUAAAAUGUACAGAUUAAGGUAAUUUUGACAGAUUCAAUUAGUCUGGAAACUGGAAACAGCUUUUGGCUAAUACCUUGAAGAAAUUGGUUGGCAAUGUUUAUAGCAAAUAAUUUUAGUGAUUUCUAAUGGAGAAAACAUGUAACAGUUGUCAUGAAUAUUUUGAAAGUUACCUCCAUUUGCAGUCUGUGAUCAUAUACAUUAAGAUAUUGUGCUUUGAAAGUCAAUACUCGAGUAACUUCGCAAAAUGUUCAACUUAGAAGCCACAUUAUCCGUGCAUGUUGAAACCGUCGAUCUGCCCAGGGCAAAGGAAAAAGUAAUCCUUUGAAUUGCCAAUUUGCUUCACAGUAUAGAAACUAAAUUUGCCACAUGAAAUGAAAUCAACAAAUCAUCCGAAUUCAGACCCACUCUUCUCCCCGUCUGUUUAUUUCAAAGACAAUGACAAGCAUGAUGAUUUUGCCAGAGUUAUGCAAUGUACACGUCAUACUACAUGUGCUGAUGUAGCAUCGUCAUAAAGUUGAAGUUCCCUUGACAGGGUUAUUUAUAAACAUGAGUAAUGAGUUUGUCCCAACUCUCUCUACAUUUCGUCCUCUUGUAGAGACUUCUUACUCCCACUAUGGCAUAGAUUAUUUUUGACCUCAUUGUGACCUUCGUGAUGACAUCAUAGCACGGGGCCAUUGACUGAAAAGUAACCUGGACAAAGACAACAAUUGCUAUUGUCAUGGGUGUGUUGAGUCCGUCUGUGACGUACUGUAUGCUCACUACAUGUACAUGUACAUGGAUGCUUCAAAGGGGCACGUUCUGUUUGGUACAUGCACAUACCUGUCAUGGUGUACCAGUCACGGCCAAUAUUUACUGUGUUCCUUCCUCCAUGGUCUCUACCACGGGUUGUAUUUUGGAUCAUGAAAGACAGAGUUGAAUAUACAUGCUCGUUGUUCAUGUGAAUGGUCUCAGAAUAAAUUGAGAGCUGGAAUGAACGCAGCACCUUGAUUUAUUGGAACUUCAGUCAACAAGCCUAGUGCAAAAACAUGGACUUGUACUGCAUAAGAUUCUUACCAAGCACAUAAUGAGUGAAGUGUGAAAUCUUGAAAACAAGAUUGCUAUCAUUCUCUGCAGUGGUAGUCUCCUUAAGUGGUUUUUACUUUCACAAGUUCAGUAUUUUCUCAUAUGACAAGUUGAAUUACAUUUUGUAAGGGCUUGUCAGAAAGAUUUCAUCGCACCGAGAACUUUAAAGCAUAUCACUGAACAGCAUUUUGUCGAGAGAGAAUAAGCAAAUAGACUGUGUCGCCAUGGCAACAGCACCUGACAUGCAGCAUCCACCUUCUGGGAAGAGUAAGAAGAGCAAGAAGAAACGCAGUCACAGUGUGCCAACAGAUCAAAUGAUGGCCAACAAUGCAGGAAUGGGCGGGGCAGUGGGUGGGACGCCGCCCCCGGCUCCGCCCACUAGGCAGUUGGAGUUUAAUCAAGCCAUGGCAGACUUCAAGGUAAUGUUCCCCUCUAUGGACAGGGCCGUUAUAGAAACAGUACUACGGGCAAACAAUGGUGCAGUGGAUGCAACAAUAGACCAGCUCUUGACCCUGACUGCCGACAUGCCAGAGGUACCCCAGAGACCGCCAGAGCCACAACUCCCAAAAUACAGUGAUACAAUGAACAACAGCUUUAGCAAUCCACCAGUUGGGAUGAUUCCCAUCACACCAGUGUCCGGAGUGAACCCGAUGAUGAGUACCAUGCAUGGGGACCAGCCACCACCGUACUCACCACCGUCACCAAACAGCCCCUUCUCACAGGAUAUCCGUAACAGACAGCUCCCACCGACUCCACAACAGAGGGGGCCUGCACCCACUCCACCCCAGUCUACCUCUUCCCCCAUGCCCUUGGCCUCACAACCGCCCCCGACUACAGUCACCCCAAGACAGGCCGAACCUCGUGAGCCUACCAGGGUGCCUCCUACCCUACCUACCUACACCGCCCCCCGACGUGUUCACCCAAGAUGGAACCCACCACUGCUAGGAGAGCUUCCGUCUGAUUUCCUGAGGGUGGUUAGUACAAGCAAUCGACAGAGAUCCAGGAGCCAGCCGAUGAUAUCCAUGAACCUGCAGGAGCGUAUGGCUAGGAACGCCCAGCAACAAAGUAGCGCAGAUGCCAACGAUGUGGAGAUGCAACAAAUGCUAGAAGACGAGAGAUUUGCGCUGACAUUGCAAAAUGAGGAAUUCCUACGAGAGUUACAACACAACCCAGAAUUCAUUGCAGCACUGGACAGAGAUUACACCCAGGCCCUAGCUGCAUCCACCACCCCAGGGGCAGUGCAAGCCCCCACUCCACAACCAAGUGUCCAAAGUACCCCUGUCCCACCCCAGCAGAGUGCGACAGGCCCCCUACCCCCUGGGGGAGGAGCUUCAGCAGCUGGGGGAGGAACAUCAGCUGAUGAUGUGGAAUUCAGGAACAAGUUGGCACACAUGGGCAAAACAACAAGGUUCAAGUUUGCCCAGAUGGCUAAGAAGUUUAACUAUCGGAAGAGACGAUCCACAUCCAGACCACAAAUUGAGGGCGCCCCAGCAUCGUCCAUGAUGAACCUACUGGACGACUAUGAUGAGAGUGGGGAUAGUGCAUUACUUGGCACCAGGCCAACAGUGGAAGAAAACGUCUACAGCGACACUCAGAAGCAUAAGGGCCAAAAGAAGAGCCAUCGAGAACUGGAGGAACCGAUAAUCUUCUAUCAGGAGGACAACGAAUUUGCUCUGCACUCGGAGACUUAAUGUCCGAUUGCCCAAGCAAGCUUGCAUGUGUUCAUGAGCUCGCAUGUUGUCCACAGCGGAUAUGAAGUUUUCAGAAUCUCACCAGCUCACCAGAGGGAGCAACACAAGAGGGUCAUCAUGUGACCAGUCUGGCAGGGUUCUGUCAUUGAUAGCGCGCCAUUUCUACAUGGUCUGAUUCCUCAACUCCUAACCUAGCCUCUUUCCAAGCCACGGCAUUGUUUGCAGUUUCUGUAAUAUAUUUUAAGUCUUCUGUGUGAAUCAUUUCUCUGUAAUGCUAAAUAUAUCUUCAUUUGUAAACUAAAUUUUAAAAAAAGUAUCACUCUCGUUAUCCUUAAGGAAAUAUCACUUGAACAGGACAUUUCUCUACAAAUUAAAAAAGAGAUUACACACUGAAUUAUUUGUUAUCGAUUUUUGUCAUGCAAGUGCUGAAGAAUUUGUGUUAAUAGUUAGAGCUAUUCCAGUUGGUCAGUAUAAUUUACGUACCAGAAGAAAGUGACAUAGAGGGCUCUAGCUGUGAAGGUGAAUGGUCAGGCUGAAGUGUAAAAAGCAGCAUUAUUGGUUUACCAAACAGUAAAGGAUCUUAGAUGAAUACGCUUCCAAACUGGAAUAUUCUGGUUUCUCCUGAUUGUAUUAAAUGGUGAAAUCGGCACAGUGACAGUGAACAACUUUGAUUUGCAGUGUGGUUAUACACAAGUGCCAGUGUAUUGGUGGCUUGAUUUAAAAUGCUAUUUCAUUUUUGAUUUAGAACAAAACUGCAUCAACCUAAGUAUUCAGGCAGAUUUCUCUCUGUUUUUGUCUGUUUUGACGGAGAGUGUUACUAAUAUUCGUGUGAACUGCAGAUUUUUUUAUAUUCUAUCUGCCUUCCUGUCUGAGGUCAACUUCCAAUCUGUCUUCUCAUCCUACUACUGGCAACUCCCUCCUCCAGAAAAGGGUGAAUUUGAGACAUGGUGAAAGUGAAGAGAUUUAUAGUCUGUGUUUAUUCUUUGAAAGUAAACCUUUAUAGAGUUCUUGUAAAUUUUAUGAAUCAAUGUCAUGGACAUGGUGUAGGCUUCAAUCAGUUGGACCUCAAUAAGAAACAAAGCAGCUCCAAAAAUAUAUACUUAUUUUGGAAAAGGGAAGUUUUGACAAAUUUGCAUAUCAAAAGUUAUUAAUACAAAUGUUUGACAUUUCAAGUAGUUUAGAAAUAUAUCUUGACUAAUUAUAAACUAGUAUUGCUUGAUUAGAAUACACGAUUUUGAAGUCUUGACUCAGAAAGUGCCUUGAUCACAUCACUGACAUUUUCCCUUUCGUAACUAUCAUGUUUUCUACAUUUUGGUAAAAAAAAACAAUUGUGGUAUUGGGUAGUAGCUGUAAUAGGUACUAUUUUGGGAAAACAUAUCUUCAACUGCAGGGGCUAAAUUCAUAUGCUGUUGAAGUGACCAAUUUGUUUGAGCAUGAAAAAACCUUGCUUGACAAAUCAGGUUACCAGCCAAAACUUCUUCUGAUGUAUAGUGUUUUGGAAUGGUAUUUAUCUGUAAUGCUUAAGAAACUCGCCCCACAGACACCAUAUUUGAAACUCAUGCCUUGGAAAGGAGUAGAGUGUUACCGUUAAGCAUUGCAUAGAAAAAUGCUGAAUGUAUUUGAUGUAAAUUAAACGUAGCACGAGAAGGUGAUACACAGUAUUGUCAUUAAAUGGUGGAAUUCAAGUUUGUUUCUAACAUCACGGAGGUCUUCACAGGAAGGUUGAAACUCUGAACGGUAAAUUCAGUAACCUGCAACCACUUGAAAAAUAUUCUAGUUUAUCUGAGCCACUCCCUUUUAUUGAUGCUUCCGUAAUUGUGACCUGCUCUGUGAAAAUGAUUCACGUCUCCAGAGCCACUUUGUAGUUAAAGGCCUUUGAAAUAACCUUGCACAGUUUUUAAUAGGAAUCCUCAACAUUUAACAUCGACACAACAUCCAUGUUCAUUGUACCAAACUUAAUGACACGUCAAAAGAAAGAGCUCAAAUUCCUCAAUCUAAUACUCAAAAACGUAGAACUCAAAGUGGCAGGAGAGCCGUGUGACUCAUUUUUACAAAGCAGAUCACAUAUUCUUGGCAGUGCAAAAUGAGACCGAGUAUUGUUUGAAGCAUCAGAGUAAUUCAACAACAUCCAACAAGUUCUUUAGGUGGACUUGUCUUGACCUUUCACCUUUGUAAAGUUACUGCGCUUAACGUGUAAUUAUGGAAGACGUUCAUAUUUAAAUUGAGAGCCAUUAUUUACAUUGUAUAUUACUGGAGAAUUUGAAUGGUCUGUCCGUAGCGAGAACUUUAUUUUUUUUAUUUGCUCAAGGCAAAAAAAAGUGGCUAUAGUAAACGUAAUUGGAGGUUAGCAUUGCUGACAAAUUUGCUCAUUUUAAAAGUAAAUUCAAAAAUAUUUCACAUGCACCUAGAAUGUUUGCUUUGAUUUCUUUGAAGUUACCCUGCUCUUUUUUAAGUUUGGAGAACUGCAUUGCUUGACACUGAAGUUUAAAGUGGGAGAUUUUUUUCUUUUGUAAUUUUGUGUGAUAUUGUAGUCUGAUUUUUUCCUGAACUAUGAAUGUUUUUAUAAUGGGAAAACCUAUACUCUAAAAAAGUACUUGUUUAAGCCUGCUGUUGUUACGCCAUUAUAGCAUUUCUAGGAGUUUCUGUAUAUUUGUAUUAAUUAUAUCAGCAACUCUUCUCAAUCAGUUGCCAAUAAAUUUGAAAUAUGCCAUUGGA